AUGGGAAUAUCAUCCAGGAAAUGGUUUGCAAUGGUAAGAAGAAAAUUCCUCCUCGCGAGAUCAUCAUCAUCACCUUCUCCUGAAAGCAUCGCUGUUCUCCGUGCUUCUUCUUCAUCGUCAUCUUCAUCCCCAACAAAUAACAAUAUUGAUGAUCAGAAGAUCAAACACUUCUCCAAAGAAGACAUUGCCGCCACCAAGAUCCAAGCAAUUUUCAGGGGACAUCUUGCAAGGCGGGCGUUGGGAGCAUUAAAAAGCCUAGUGAAGCUGCAGGCAUUGGUUCGAGGAGUGUGCGUGAGGAGGCAGUCUCGUAUUGCCCUGCAUUCCAUGCAUGCCCUCCUCCGUCUCCAACUCAGGGUUCGAGCCAGGCAGCUCCUACAAUUCUCCCCCCACCCCUCUUUAAUUAAUUAA